AUGCUGAGGGUGGAGUCGCCCAGCGCGCCGGAGCCAGUCUGCUAUAUAAAUGGCAAACGCUAUGCUUUGCCGGCUGAUCGUGGAGAGGCGACCUUACUUCAGUUCUUAAGGGAGAAUGGAUUGACCGGAACGAAGCUGGGAUGCGGCGAGGGUGGAUGUGGGGCUUGCACAGUUAUGCUGUCACAUUAUGAGGAUGGCCGCGUCGUUCACCGGUCGGCGAAUGCAUGUCUUUGCCCGCUUUACGCGGUGGAGGGAAUGCAAGUCGUUACGGUUGAAGGCCUGGGCAACGUGCGCGAUGGCUUGCACCCUGUACAACAGCGCCUGGCAGUUAUGCACGGCUCCCAGUGCGGGUUCUGCACACCCGGCUUUGUAAUGUCCAUGUACAGCUUGCUGCGUUCCUGCGAGGAAGCUCCUACGGAAGAAGACAUCGAGGACGCGCUUGGCGGAAACCUUUGCCGCUGUACGGGAUACCGACCUAUCCUAGACGCCUUCAAGACCUUUGCCAAGACCGACCCGGCGGCCUACACAGAAGAAGCCAUCGCUGCCAGUAAGGGACUUAUCCCCGGCGUGUGCCCUUCCAGCGGCAUGCCCUGCGAUUGCGCCUCCAAGGCAGGCGGCGGCUGUGGCAGCGGCUCGACGGAAAAGGCUGCGGCGGGUGGGAUUGCUGCUGCGGUUGCUGCUGCUCCCGCUCGACCCACUUGCGAGCCCAUCUUUCCCCCGGAGUUGAAGAAGCGACCUGCCUUCCAUUUGGCCAUGCCAGGCCCCGUCGUGACGUGGCACCGGCCUGCCACCCUGGAGCAGUUGUUGGAGCUCAAGUCCGUCCACCCUGACGCCAAGCUGGUGGUGGGCAACACGGAGGUGGGCAUUGAGAUGAAGUUCAAGAAUGCCAAGUACCCGGUCAUCAUCGCGCCCACGCACGUCAAGGAGAUGAACCAGAUCACAGUAACGGAGACGGGCGUGGAGAUUGGCGCUGCGGUAACUCUGACGCGUAUGAUGAAGGCCUUCAAGGGGCUCAUUGCCAGCAGGCCCCGUCACGAGGUGUCGGCCAUGGAGGCCGUUGUGAACCAACUCAGGUGGUUUGCGGGCAACCAGAUCCGCAACGUGUCCGCCCUGGGUGGCAACAUCGUGACAGGCUCGCCCAUCUCGGACCUGAACCCCCUGUGGAUGGCGGCGGGGGCUACCUUUGUGGCGCUGGGCAAGGACACGGGCGAGAGGGCCGUACGUGCCUCAGAGUUUUUCUUGGGCUACAGGUUCGUGGAUUUACGACCUCACGAGGUGUUGUACAAGGUGGUGCUGCCGUUCACCCGCCAUAACGAGUACGUCAAGGAAUUCAAGCAGAGCCCGCGUCGUGAGGACGAUAUUGCCAUUGUCAAUGCAGGCAUGCGUGUGAAGCUGGCCAGGGGCGACUCUGAGGGCGUGUGGGUUGUGGAGGAGGCCGCGGUGGCCUUCGGGGGUGUGGCCCCUCGCGCCAUUAUGGCCCCCUCCGUGGCUGCAGCCCUGGUGGGCAAACCCUGGGACCAGGAGACCCUGCAGGCGGCGCUGGCGGCUGUUCGUCAGGAUGUUGUGUUGGUUGAGAAUGCCCCGGGUGGCAAGGUGGAGUACCGCCGCGCCCUGGCGGCCUCGUUCGUUUUCAAGUUCUUUGUGCACGCCGCGAUUACACUGGAGGUAAGGUCGAGUGGGAAAGAGGGGGAGAAAGCACGGGAAGGAGGGGAGCCAUUGAACUUGUCGCCUUUGUGCGCCGCCGCUAUCGGCUGCCGCUACCGCAAUUUGCUGCCACAGGCUCCCGCCACUCCAGAGACUGUGUCGGUUGUCGGGCAGCCGCACCACCACAUGGCCGCCGAGCUGCAGGUCAGCGGUGAGGCCCAGUACACGGACGACAUCAAGAUGACUCAGGACACCCUGGUGGCGGCGCUGGUCACAUCCACCAAGCCGCACGCCAAGAUCACCAAGCUGGAUGCGAGCGCCGCGCUGCAGGUUCCCGGCGUGGUGGGGUUUUACAGCGCCAAGGACGUACCGGGCAGUAACGCCAUCGGACCUGUGUGGUACGAUGAGGAGGUGUUUGCAACCAGCGAGGUCACCGCUGUGGGCCAGGUGAUUGGCGUCGUGGUUGCUACCAGCGAGGCAGCGGCUCGCGCGGGUGCCCGUGUUGUGGAGGUGGGGUAUGAGGACCUGCCCGCUGUCAUGUCCAUCGAGGAGGCCAUUGAAGCGGGGGCCUUCUACGAGGACUACACCGGGAAGCUGGAGUGUGGCGACGUGGACUCUGCUUGGGCCCAGUGUGACCACGUUGGCGGCCAGGAGCACUUUUACCUGGAGCCCAACAACUGUGUGGUCAUCCCGCAUGAGAAUGACGAGUUCACUUUGUUCAGCUCCACGCAGGCGCCCGCAAAGCACCAGAAGUACGUCGCGUUGGUGCUGGGCGUCCCCGCGCACAAGAUCGUCUCCAAGACGAAGCGUCUGGGAGGCGGCUUCGGCGGAAAGGAGACACGCGGCAUCUUUAUCCAUUGCGCAGCUGCCGUACCGUCGUACCACCUAAAGCGGCCCGUACGGCUGUGCCUGGACCGCGACGAGGACAUGCAGAUGACCGGUCAGCGCCACGCCUUCCUGGCCACCUACAAGGUCGGCUUCACCGCGGAUGGCCGAGUGCUGGCCGCUGAACUGGACCUGUACAACAACGCGGGCAACAGCCACGACCUGUCGCACUCAAUCAUGGACCGGGCGCUACUGCAUAGCGACUGCGUUUACAAGGUACCCAACAUGCGCGUCCGUGGCCACAUGUGCCGUACCAACCAGGCCUCUAACACGGCCUUCCGUGGCUUCGGCGGUCCCCAGGGCCUUAUGUUUGCGGAGAUGUGGAUUGAGCAGAUUGCCAAGACGCUGGGCAAGCCGGACGUGGAGGUGCGGACAUUAAACAUGUACAAGGAGGGAGACGUGACGCAUUUUGGCCAAGUGCUGGAGCAUUGCCGCGCCAGGGCCUGCUGGGAGACGGUACUGGGCUCGUCCAGCUUUACGGAACGACGGGACAAGGUCGCGGAGUUUAACAGCGAGAACAGGUGGCGCAAGCGCGGCAUUGCGGCCACUCCCACCAAGUUUGGCAUUUCCUUCACCACCAAGUUCCUCAACCAGGCGGGCGCUUUGGUGCACAUUUACCUGGACGGCACGGUGCUGGUGACGCACGGUGGUGUGGAGAUGGGCCAGGGGCUGCACACCAAGAUGGCGCAGGUUGCUGCUCAGGCUCUAAACGUCCCGCUGUCCAAGGUAUUCAUCAGCGAGACCUCCACCGACAAGGUGCCGAACGCCUCACCCACAGCGGCGUCGGCUUCGUCGGAUAUGUACGGUGCUGCCGUAUUGGACGCCUGCCGCCAGUUGAGCGAGAGGCUGGCGCCGUACAGGUCCAAGCUGCCCAGUGGCACUUGGAAGGAGGUGGUCAACGCCGCCUACCUGGACCGAGUGGACCUCUCAGCUCACGGCUUCUACGCCACUCCGGACAUCACCGGCUUCGGAGGCAACCGCCCCUUCAAUUACUUCUGCUUUGGAGCAGCCGUAAGCGAGGUCGAGUUGGACGUGCUGACUGGCGACAUGCAGGUUCUCAGGUCGGACCUAGUGAUGGAUGUUGGCAACCCCAUCAACCCCGCCAUCGAUAUUGGACAGGUGGAGGGCGGCUUCGUGCAAGGCAUGGGGUGGCUAGUGCUCGAGGAGCUCAUGUGGGGCGACAAGCAGCACCCUUGGGUCCGGCCCGGCCACCUGUUCACGAAGGGCCCAGGCACCUACAAGAUCCCCUCCGUCAACGACAUCCCCGUCGACUUCCGAGUGCAGCUGCUGGCCAAUGCGCCCAACGUGCGAGCCAUUCACUCCUCCAAGGCUGUCGGUGAGCCGCCAUUCCACCUGGGCGCGUCCGUGUUCUUUGCCCUCAAGGAGGCGGUGUACGCCGCGCGCGAGGCUGCCGGCAUCAAGGGCUUCUUCGUGUUGGAUGCGCCUGCCACUCCGGAGCGCCUGCGCCUGCUGUGCUCAGACGAGGUGGUGCAGCCGUACGCGCAUCCCGACAUCAGGUGCGCAGCAUUGGCCGAUGGCCUGUGGCUGAUUGUGCUGGGACAAGAACACUGCAACAUUACUGCAACUUGCAGGGCAGGGUCCUUCCCGAGUCACGGCGAAUCCUCAUCUAGGCGGAACGGAAUGCCGCGCGUCUGUGCUGUCGCGAAUGAGGGGUUAAGCUAG